AUGGCCACCCAACACUUCCCCGGUUGGCUUCGAGUCAUCCUCCUCAUUCUCACCAUUGCCUCCUUCUACCCUCAACUGCGCCUUCUCUGGACGAGAAAAGAUGGCUCGGGGAUAUCGCUCUCCUAUCUAUUGUUGAAUUUGAUCUGUGCGACAGAGCAGUUCUUGUUGGCUUUUAUAUACUAUACCAUGCCGGAUGGCGAGUCGAGUAUGUUUGUUGAAACGCCCAAGUCUUGGGGCGAUUGGGUGAAUUUGGUUCAGCUUGGUGUGGGUUGGGUGGGGAUGGGUGCUGUAUUCGGGCUGUGUCUUCUAUACCCCUCCGACUCACGACUUCGGCAUAAGAUCGGUGUGGUAGUGGUAUACAUAGCAUUCCUUUGCAUAUCGUUGAUUCCGGCGAUAUUGCUCGUCAGUGUCGGUUCGAAAAGUGAUCAUCACAGUUCGGAAGAUGACUUUAUGUUUGCCCUUUUUACCGGUGGACAUUUCGUGUUUCUGAGUCCGGUUAUAACUUUAUUGGGUCUAUUGUCGGUGGUCUUUCAGGCGUCGAGGCUCUGGAAGGGUUCGCCCUUGCGUGCUCUCAGUCUGCCAGGCCUCAAGGCACAGGCCAUUCUGUUUGCGGUUUUGGCAGUUACUUGGCCGUUUCGGGUGACAUAUCUGGGAAAUGCCGUGUGGGAUUGUUUUGGUUCUUGGUUUUCGGGGGUCAAUUGGUUCAUGUUUGUUGGGUGGCCGGCUGUUGAUAGUGCGGUUUAUGCGAUCAUUCAGGCGGUAUUGCUGGGGUUGGCGAGGAAGUGUAAUAGCGAGUUGGAUGCUGUUGGAGAGAGAGAACCAUUGUUGAGAAAUAGGGAGUGA